GUAACAUCAUAAAUCUGUAAAUUAUGUAUCUUAUUAUAAAUAAAGGAGUGUGGCAGCACGAUCUGCGGCCAUGUUGAAGAUAAAGAAGAACGAGUGCAGAUCAUUUAAAAAGAGCGUCCAACAUAAUAAAAUUGUUUAAAAUAUCAGAAGUGGUUGUAUUGCGCCCAAAAUGUCAUCAAACGAGGAUUCGCUUAGUUUAUACACAGUUGAACAAUUAAAAUCAUGGUUGCGUUCGCUCAAACAUAAAACAACAGGUAGUAAAGCCGAACUAAUUGUUCGCCUACAAAAAAUUCCUGAGGAGCUUCGUGGAAAUUUUCGAAACUCCAUGGUUGACGUUGACGCUGACGUUGACUGUACGCAAGCCAUCAUUGCGGAAAAAGAACAAGCUGAUGAAAUCAACGAAGGAGCGAGCAGUAUAAACAUCACCGAGGAGUGUGGUGAAUUUAGCAAUGGGAUUGUACCACAAUAUGACGCAAGUAAUCAAACGAGUGUUGAAAAGAAACAAAAAGAGUGUGAUGCAAACGAGUGGCGACUUUUAAAAAUCGAAUUAGAAUUGUUGAAGCGUGAGUGUGAACUAAAGAAGAUGGAAAAUGAACUUCUAAUGAGAGAAAAAGAACAGUUGAGAAAUAGUGAUAAUCAAACAAAAAACAUUUCCAAUAAGCAAAAGUUCGCAGAUGUUAAAGAACUUAUAUCUGAAUUUUCUGGUAGUGGUGAAUGCCUUAAGCUAUGGCAAGCACAACUAAAAAAUAUCCAGAGUGUUUACCAACUUGAUGAUAACAACCUAAGAGCAUUAAUUGCAAAUAAAUUAAAAGGCAAUGCGCUAAAGUGGUUACAUUCUCGAGAUGACUUGAUUUUAAUGCCAAUCGACAAGUUCUUAAAGGAAAUGAGCUCGCUGUUUGAAGAAAAAACAAGCAAUUUGAUGCUAAAGAAAAAGUUUGAAAUCAGGCAGUGGUUGACUACCGAAUCGUUUCGAGAAUAUUUCCAAGAAAAACUAAUUCUGGCAAAUAGAAUUCUAAUUGGUGAAGAUGAACUUGUAGAAUAUCUAAUUGAUGGUAUUCCGGAUAACACUUUACGUUCGCAAGCUAAAAUGCAACGAUUUCAUGACAAAUAUGAAUUGUUAGAAGCGUUUAGAAAUAUUCAAUUGCCACGAUAUAUAUCAAAGAAAAUGACAGCAGACAAUCAACAUGAGCAGUCGAAUAAUGGACAACAAACAACAAGAGUCGUGAGAUGCUACAAUUGCAACUCCGUUGGCCAUUUAGCAAGUGUAUGCCGAAAACCCAAACGAGAGCUUGGUGCUUGUCAUGUAUGCGCUGAAGUUGGCCAUUUAGCAGCAAAUUGUCCACAAAGGAAGAGCCGCCCUGUACAACAUGUCACAGAAUUGAUGGAAGGCGAUGAAUAUGAUCAUUAAUUGAUACGGGAAGCCCCAUUAGCUUUGUUCGCCAACAGUUCGUACCAGAUGUAGUAAUAAACAGAAAGAACAAUGUAUUUUUAAAAUAUAGUGGUAUAAACAAAAGUCCAUUAUCUAUUGUCGGAAAUGUAAACAGUUUUAUUUUUUUCAAAAAUAAAAGAAUUGAAUUAACGAUGUUAGUUGUAACAAAUGAAACAAUGACUCAUCCAAUUAUUUUAGGAAGAGACUUUUUAAGUAAAUCUAAUUUAAAAUUAGAAUGUAAAGAAAUAGAUUCGAAUUUCAAAGUCGAAAAUAACACAUAUGAUGAAGAGUGUCAAAGAUUAAUGAAAAUUGAAUUUGAUAACACUAAAUUUUCUGUGAAUUACAAUGAAGUAUUGAAAACUGAAGCAAAAACUCCUAAUGUUUAUAUAAAAAAUGAUAAUGUAAGUGUCUAUGCAAAACAAAAAUUUCUGCAAAUAUUUCAAGAUUAUUAUAUGUGCUGUAAGCGCCCCGAUACGCCAAAAAUUAGAUGUGAGAUGAAACUGUUGUUGAGUACAGAAAAACCUUUUAAUUGUCCUCCAAGAAGACUGUCAUACAGUGAAAAACAACAAGUUAGGGUUGUUUUAGAUGACUUAAUGCAAACCAAGAUAAUUAGGCCGAGUAAGUCAGAAUAUUCUUCCCCCAUUGUUUUAGUAAGAAAAAAAACAGGUGAUAUAAGGUUAUGUGUGGAUUUUCGUAGUUUGAAUAAGAUAACAUUGAAAGAUAACUAUCCCUUGCCUCUUAUUGAUGAUCUGUUAGAUAGACUAGCAAAUAAAUGCAUUUUUUCGUUAUUGGAUUUAAAGAGUGCGUUUUAUCACGUAGAUAUGGUUGAAGAUUCGAUUAAAUACACUUCUUUUGUAACACCGAUGGGGCAGUACGAGUUUUUGAAAAUGCCUUUCGGUCUGAAAAAUGCACCUUCAACAUUCCAGCGGUUUGUUAGCCAUGUUUUCGAUGAUCUGAUUCGAGCAGAGAAAAUUGCUAUUUAUUUAGACGAUAUCAUGAUAGCUACAAGUAAUGAAGAAGAACAUUUAGACAUUUUGCAGGAAGUUUUUAAUAAGUUAGUACAAAACAAAUUGGAAUUGAGGUUAGAUAAAUGCCGAUUUAUGGAGUCAGAAAUACGCUAUUUAGGAUAUAACAUUUCGAGUAAAGGUAUUCUACCGGAUGAAAAGAAUGUAGAAGCUAUAGUGAAUUUUCCUAUACCCAGUAACACAAAAGCUGUACACAGUUUUUUGGGCUUAUGCUCAUACUUUAGAAGAUUCGUUAAAGAUUUUUCGCGAGAAGCUCAGCCUCUGUACAAACUAAUAAAAAAGAAUGUUAAAUUUACAUUUGGGGAAGACGAGUUACAGUGUUUUGAGAAACUUAAAAAUAAAUUAAUUGGGUCUCCUAUCUUAGCGAUUUACGACCCAAGAGAUGAUACAGAGCUGCAUUGCGAUGCCAGCUCUCGGGGAUUUGG